AUGGGCAAACCAGAAGGAGGAAAGCUCAAAAUAUACAUCGACUGUGUGUCUCCCUACUCCUGGUUUGGUUUCACGAAUAUCAUCAAAUAUCGGCCUCUCCUGAACGCCCAUGGAGUGUCGGUAGACAUCAUUCCUUUCUUCUUGGGCGGUGCUCGGGACGGUGUCGGGAACCCAUGGACGCCUACUCCAAAGGCCAAGGAGGCAUUCUCAGCCCAAGAUAGCAAGCUGACCGGUGAACUCCUUGGGCUGGAUGUUGUCACGCCCGAAGUCUUUCCCAUCCUGUCACUCUUUCCAGUCCGAGUCGCGACUUAUGUGAAGGAUCACUAUCCUCCUGAGAAAUUUGAGGCCACGUUCCCCGCGUUCAGUUCUGCAUACUGGAGCAAAGGCAUCAAUAUCUCAACCCCCGAAGGUAUAAUUCAGGCCUUGAAGGGCAUCUUUCCCGAGGAUGAAAUCAAGGACAUCAUGAAGAAGGCACUGUCGCCUGAAAAUAAGAAGAGAGUUGUCGAUGUCACCAUGGGUUCCGGUGCUUUUGGUGCGCCUUGGAUUUCAGCCGUCAACUCCAAGGGAGAGCGGAGGGACUGGUUUGGCAACGAUCGCUGGGAUCAAGUCUUUUACCAUCUUCAGGUCCCCUACACUCCCGUCAGUAUCAUCCCUCCGGAAGAAGCAAAGGCAAAGCUAUAG